UCCAGUAUGAUGUGGGACACCCUGUAUACACGAUCCAAAUCCAGUAUGAUGUGGGACACCCUGUAUAUUCUGAUAUACCUUAAUAAACCUAACAUUUUGUACAGCGGAAUCUUCAAGAUUAUUUUGUCAUGUUCUCCUUCAUAAACUCUGUAUAUUCCGUUAGCAUCGAGAAAUAAUACCAGAACAGAAUGAUUGGGAACUUUUUUACUGCAGUGUUAUGUUGACAUUUUCCUGUUAUAGGCCGGAGCACACGUAGAGACAAUGAUAUUUGUUUUAUAUAUCAGAGAAGUCGGGAUAUAUCAAUAUAUCAGUUCAACAGCACUAUUCGACAGGGAUGGAUAGAUGGGGGAUUCUGGUUUUCUUUUUCUUGAUCCCAAUAAUCUUGGGAGACGGAGAUCAUGCUCAUUCUCAUGAUCAUCAAUCCCAAUCCCAACCCUCAACUCACCAAUCAUCAUACGAUUCUCCUUCCCCACAUGCAGUUGUGACAUCCUACGACGCCCCAACCUCCUAUGCCACCCCUUCCUACGAGGCCCCAUCCUACCACGCCCCCUCCUACCAAGCCCCCUCCUAUAAGCCUGUGCCCAAGUGUCAUACAAAAUACGAGACUCAUUAUGAGACCCAGUAUGACACGAGAUACAAGAAAAAAUGUAAAACACACUACGAAAGGUAUUGUGAGACAGCGUACCAAAAUAAACAGGAGACAAGCUACUCUCAAGAAUGCAAAACAUCUUACAAGACUCACUGCACUAAAUCUUACAG